CAUGAUGCAGUAUGCUGAGGGACAGUCACCCUUAGACUGUCUUGAGGAGGCUGCCAUCCACUACUCCUCUGCCAUCAAACUCAAGCCUCGUGAUUCCAAACUGCACUAUUUGCUCGGAAGGACUUUGGAAGAGCAUCACUAUGCUGAGGAGAUGUAUGGCCUUAAAAAGAAGGACACUGGCGACGCCCAGGAGCUGGGCAGUGCCAAGACUGCGGGGAGGCUGGAUGAGAUCUUGGCGGUGUGCAAACUCCAUGGCUGCACGGGCACGCCCACGCUGGAGAACAAGCUCAAAGCCCUGGACACGGAGUUCCACCAGCUGAAGGAGCAAGGCCAGUCCACCAAGGCUGAAUAUGUUCAGACCCUCUUCCUCUGGCUCUCCAAGAAGGCUAAAAAGGAUGGCCAGUCCAGCCUUGCAGAUGAGGAGAGCUGGCUGUUCCGAGCCCUUCUCAAGUACCUGGAUGCCUGGUCACUGAGCCAGGACAGCUGGGAACACAACCUGCACGUGGGCCGCCUGCUCCUGCUUCAGGGGAACAGCCGGGAGGCUCUGCAGCAUCUCCAGAACGCCCUGGCACUCAGGCCUUCCCAGCCAGCCCUCAGGUUCUACACAGGCAUGGCUCUGCUCCAGCAAGAUGGGAACUCAGAGAAACAGGAAAAGGAGGCUGCUCUGUACCUCCAGCAAGGGCUGGAAUAUGUCAUGGCCCGAGCCUUAGCUGCCCCAGAACAUGGCAGAGGAGAGAAGCCGGACCACACAGACCCUCUGUCUACUGUCAAUGUCCAGUUCCUCCGUGGAUGCUACAGCCUGGGUACCCUGCUCAGCAGAAAUGCCCCCUCGGGGAGGUCCAUGACUGCAGAGCAAGUCUACCACAUAGUGGUCUCUCUGGCGGCGCAGGGCAUGGCCAGGUGUGUGUGCCGUGGCGAGGUGGCUCAGCAGCUGGAGUGGGUCCUGCUGGACGGCCACUUCGCUCUGCUCCAGGCCCUAAACCAGCAGCAGCCCGGCACGGGGAAACAGGCCUGGUUUGCACAGAGGUGCCAGGCCCUCAGCGCCCUCAUACGCCUCACCUCCAUCACCCCCUGCAGGGAGCUGCUUGACAUACAGGAGAAGCUUGGAGUGGUGACAGCGCCCCGCAGCAGCCAUGCGUUGGGUCUGCUAGGAGUGACCCAGCUGGCCCAGUACGACAGCGAGCCACAGUCCGAACGGGGCCAGGUGGCCUUGGCUGAUGCCUGUCUAAGCUUCCAGGCCAGUAUUGAGUUGGAGGGGUCCUCACAGACUGGAGAUGCCCCUGAGAAGCUAGCAAAGCAGCCGUGGUGGCAGGAGCGUCUGGCUCAGAAGGCGGGGGCUGCCAAGCAGACAGCCAGCAAAUCCACAGGGGCGCCGGGGCCAUCUGAGGCAGGGGCUGCUGGGAAGGGGACCGGGCGUGGGAGGGGAACCCCGGGCAGAGGGGGGGCCGUGGCAGCCGCUGCCAAGUCAGGUGCCGCGUCCCGAGGCGGUAAAGCUGUACCCACUGCCAAACCGGCACCGCCAGCAGCCAGAGGACGGGCUGCAGGGACUCCUCCAGCAAAGGCUGAUGGGGCAGCAAAGGCUCCAGGCAAACCCUCCUCUAAGACCCAGCUCUCUCCCAGCAAGUCCAAACAGGAGUGCAGCGGCCCUCUGGCUAAACCACAGGUGGAUGAGGCUCCAUCAUCAAACACCAGGAUUGCUGGCGUCAUUAACCCUAAAAGCCAUGCACCUCGUCUGGGGCUGGCCAGAGCUCUCACCCGGUCUGCAGAGACCCACCAGGAAGCUUGCAGCCUGUACCAGGAGGUCAUCUCCAUGGCACCAGAGGUCCAUGACGCCUACAUUGAGCUGGCUGAUUUGCUGGUGAAGACAGACCCGCUGGCUGCUGUGGAGGUCUACAGCAGCUUCCCCCUCAGGCCCGCCACCGAGCAGACGUUUGACGACGCAUUCAUCACGGGGGAGAUCGUGCGCAUCCUGAUGAAGCAGGAGCUCUACGACCACCCUUCACUGGGUCCUAACCUCAUCGCCUAUGGGAAGGUCAUGGGCUUAGGCUGUCUUGAAAAAUAUAUUGAUGUCCUGGAGGGCAAGUUCAAGACAAAUCUGUUGAAAAUUAUGUAUGCUGGAAUCCAUGACAAAUCAGUGGAUGACAAAGACCUUAAGGAGUUCUUCAGGUUCAAGUGUUGGAUAUAAUAUUUUCUACAACUGCAUGAUUUCCAGUGUGAUUAUGGACUUCUUUCU